AUGUCAGAGAGAAAAGCAAUCAACAAAUGGUAUCCACCAGACUAUGAUCCUCUGAAAGUUCCAAAGAAGGAGAAGUCCCGCAAUGCUAAUAGCAACAAAGUCAGAUUGAUGCUACCGUUCUCCAUGAAGUGCCUACAAUGCAACGAGUACAUAUCUGCUAGAAGGAAGUUCAACGCCAGAAAGGAAACAACAAGCGAGAAAUAUAUGGGAUUUAAGAUCAUCAAAUUCCAUUUCAAAUGCCCACGUUGCAGUAAUAGCAUCGUGUUCAGGACAGACCCUGCUCUGGCUGGAUUUGCCCCUGUCGAAGGAGGUGUGAGAAACCACGAGUCUUUGGCGAAGGAGCCUAAGAUCAAGCCCAUGGAGACUGAAGAUGAGAUUCUUGCAAGACUUGAGAAGGAGGAGGAGGAGAGCAGGAAGUACAAAGAGCAACAAGAGAGACGAAAGAAGAAUCCCUUCUGGCAAAAGCAAAAUGAAACGAAUACUGACGUUAUGACUAACCUCGAAGAGAAGCUUGCGAAGCAGCAAGAAGAACAACAGAUGCAUGAUCAUCUUAUGUAUCUCCAGGCUAAAGCUAGUCGACUACAAGAGUCUGGUGGGCAGGAGAGACUCGUGAAAGAGGCACAAGCCAAAUUGGAGGAAGAAAAAAAUUCGAAGCGGGAAUUAGAAUCAGACGAGCCGGAAGUAAAGCCAUUUGCCGUCCAAUCUGGGUCCAUGCAAAAUGAAGCUAGGCAGCCUCAAACAGUAAGCGGCGUGAUAUCAGUUAAAAGACCCCGUACAAUGAAGCCAGAAACGAAGUCUGUUGCUGAAAAUACUGAACAAGCAGGCGAGAUUACUCCAAAAAGUCAAUCAUCGGAAAGUCCCAAGAAAGAGCUACCGGGUAUAUCCGGAUACGGGUCUGAUUCUGACUGA